AUGCUGAAAAAUCAGCAAAAUGGGAUAUUUGUAAGGACGACGCUGGAUUUUAAGAAGGAUUUGAGGUAAGUCACCAAGUUACCUUCCCUCCCCAUUAAAAGCUUUGAGAAAUUUGCAGAUGUCAAAAGCUCACCGCACUUUCACAUGUUUUUGUGAAAAAUGGCGAAAUGUUGGCGGCGAUCAGUGAUCGAUUGCUUUUACGACAAUCCGUAUCGAAUUCCGAACGACCGCAAGAACUUGCGCUGCCGAUUCAAGCGCCCGACGCAAUUCAACACGUGCAUCUCGCAUUUUCCGGAUUCCAUGCGCUGGUUUCCACGAGGCAGGGCAACAAUUUCUAUAUUCAUAUGAAAACGAGCACGGUGCAUCAUAUAAAGAAGCUGAAGACGCAAAUAACAGCGGUUGGGUGGAAUCCGGAAUUUCUCAAAGAAUCUGAAACCGGAUCGAUUUUGUUGGGGACAUCACAAGGGGGAAUCAUUGAAUUAUCGAUUACUAGCACGGGAAUUGUUAAUGUGCUCAAAGAAUUGACCCCACAGCUCCAGGCUCAAGGGAGUGAGCAAAAGCUGAGUGCGCAAGGCUCGCCAAUCUCUGAAAUUCAACUGUUUGUGGCCGACGAUGAUCCGAAGGCCAAAAAAUGGCUUGUAAUAAUCACACAAUCUUCAAGAAUCGUCCUACAAUCUGCAGUUUUGGAGCAAAUUGUGCAAAGAGCAUCAGGAUUCACCAGCUCUGCAUCACUUCAAAGUGGAUUUAUGAGUUUGCAAGAGAUGCCUACGACAAUGUUCCACACGUUAUUUCAAUCAAAGGAUGCGAAUUGUCAUGUGAUAAAUGCGACAAAACUCACCGAGAAGUUCAAAAAUCGGGCGAGUCUAGUGUUCUAUCCGGAAAACGCGGAGCCUAAACGAUACGCGUGGAUUUCGCCGGAUGGAGUUACGAUCGGAAAAGUGGAUGUUUUUGCCGAGAGAAUUCAGGAUGUGCUGAUUGAGGAGAUGAAUUUGGAACAUCGAUUGAUUGAGGGCAGAUGGGAAUCACCGUUGGGCGCAGUUUUGACCGAUUAUCAUGUGAUUUUGGCGUUUUCGACGAGGGUUUUGGCGAUUUCUCUGUUGACGCCCAAUAAUGUGGUUUUUGAGGAUGUUUGGGGAGCUGUGAGUGUUUUGGGGAACUUUUUUUUGUGAAUCUUAAGCUACUUAGAGUUUCUAGAAGUUUUUGUGAUGAAAAUGAGCAUUUCCAGCGUUUUCAGCGCGAAAGAUAUGAAAAUGAUAACCUCCCGGGAGCAUUUUUGGGCUGAAAAUGACGAAUUCACUGAAAAUGGGUAUUUUCAGCGUUUUCAGCGCGAAAAAUUGAAAUUUUUGAGCCAAGAUAUGAAAAUGAUAACCUCCCGGUAGCACUUUUGUGCAGAAAACAUUUUCUGGAUCAAGUUUUUGGGCUGAAAAUGAUGCAUUUACUGAAAAUGGGUAUUUUCAGCGUUUUAAGCGCGAAAAAUUGAAUCAAUCAACCUAAGCUAACUUUUCUGAAAAUCUCUAGCAUUUUAGAAAAAAAACCUUUGAAUUUGCCACGUCAUAACUCUCUUCAGAGUUGAGCUAACUAGUUUUUGACAACAGGAAUAUGAUCAGCACCUUAAAAUCCACCAAAAAAAUAUUUUUCCAGGAAUUCGGUCAAGCUCUCGGGCUCUCAUCUGAUCCAUCUUCCGAAUUCAUGUGGCUCUACACAUCCACUGGCUUCACAAUGAAAUAUCGAUCGAACGAUGAGGCGAGAUAUGUUUGGCGAAAAUAUUUGGAGCGGCGAGAAUAUGCGAGAGCUCUGCAAAUUGCUCGAACACGAAUUUCGAUCGAACCAGAAGCCUAUGAAUUGGUGUUGAGAAAACAGGCCGAUUGGUAUAUUGAGGAGAAAAAGUUGGUUUUUUUGGGGGGAAAAUUCUCAAAUUUUCUCAAAAUAAUUUUUCUAGUAUAUUUUGACCAGCUAAUCAUGAUCCAGUUGUCAGAAAUUAGUUAGCUCAACUCUAAAUUGAGUUAUGACUUGGCAAAGUUUCGGAUGAUAUGAGCAAUGCUUUUGUUUAAUAAAAAAUCUAUAAAUUCGAAAAAUUUCAGCAUUUUUGAUAAUCUGAAGUUUUCUUGAAAUUUUCAGAAUUAUAAUAAAAAUGUAUAAAUUUUUAGCUGAAAAUCCUAUAAUUCUGAAAAUUUCAAAAUUAUUUUAAUAUUCUAGAAUAUUGAAAAGCCACGUGGCAAAGUUUUGGGAACUCUACAAAGCUAGUAUGAGCAAUGAUUUUGUAUAAUAAAAAAAAUGAAAAUUUAUAAAUUUUGAGCUGAAAAUCUAGAAUUCUGAAAAUUUCAAGAAAACUUCAGAAGAUGAAAAAGCCACGUUGCAAAUUUGUUCUGUUUAGAAAAAGAGAAGAAUUGAGCUUUUCUUCAAUUUUUAGCUGAAAAUCCUAUAAUUCUGAAAAUUUCAAAAUUAUUUUAAUAUUCUAGAAUAUUGAAAAGCCACGUGGCAAAGUUUUGGGAACUCUACAAAGCUAGUAUGAGCAAUGAUUUUGUAUAAUAAAAAAAAUGAAAAUUUAUAAAUUUUGAGCUGAAAAUCUAGAAUUCUGAAAAUUUCAAGAAAACUUCAGAAGAUGAAAAAGCCACGUGGCAAAUUUGUUUUGUUUAGAAAAAGAGAAAAAUUGAGCUUUUCUUCAAUUUUUAACUGAAAAUCCUAUAAUUCUGAAAAUUUCAAGACAAAAAUUCCACGUGGCAAAAAAUCAUAAAUAUGAAAAAUUGAAUUUUGAAGAGUUGAGCUAAGUGGUUUCUGACAACGGGAUCAUGAUCAGCGCCUUAAAAUCUAUGAGAAAAAUUUUUCUGAAAGUCGCCAGGUGGGCUCGAACCCGUGACCUCCAAGCUAGCGAUCUAGGCAUUAACCAGCUACACCGUUUUUGCGCCCCGGCUCCGCGCGGAGCUGAUUUUUAGUGCAUUUUGAUCAGCAGCUCAAAAUCUACCAGAGAAUUCUGAAAUAAAAAAAAAAUCUUCCAGCUACACCGCCGCCGCUGAAAUCCUCGCCCAAUCCAGCGAACCCUUCGAAAGCAUCGUCCUAAAAUUCCUGACCAACGCCGACGAGCGAAAAAUGGGCCUAAAAACGCUACUCGACAAAAAAUUGGAAAAACUCACGCGCAGUGAGGACAAAAUGCGACGCGACGCCUUGGUUCUCUGGCUCUUCGAAAUCCAGUUAAGCGAACUCGCCGAAAUGCGAAGAAGUAAGGGAAAAGAGGCGGAAAUCAAGGAUACAGUGGAUCAUGUUCAACGAUAUUUCGUCAGGAAACAUGUUUUUGAGUCAAUUCAGAAUAAUACUGAAGCGGUUUAUCGAAUUUGCAUCUCUCAUGUUGAUUUUGACAUGCAAUUGUAUAUUGCAAACACUGUGAAGGACACCAGAACCAUUGUGAAUAUUCUAAUGCUCCGCGAGCAAUAUGUCGAAGUUCUUGAUGUGCUCAGAACUUGUCCUGUGGAAGAUCUAGCUUAUGAGAUGGCUCCGCUGUUAAUUGAGCAUAUUCCAAAGCAACUUAUCGGGUUUUUUGUGCAAAAUAUUGAUCGGAUUCGGCCGGAAAAGCUCACAAGUACUUUGGCUUUGUGUAUGAAGAAUCAGGAGAUGGCGAUUGCUGCUAUCAAAUAUCUAGAGAUUAUUAUGAGCUCUUCAAGGCAUAGAUUAUCCAAAUUCUUGCACAAUUUAUUUAUCCAACUCAUGGCCAAGUUCCGCGCGGAAAAGCUCAUUUUAUACCUGAAAAACUACGGGCUCCACAGGGACAAUCUUCCCUAUGAAUUCGAUUUUGCGAUGAGAACUUGUGAGCAAUACGAGAUCAAUGAUUGCAUCAUUCACCUGUUUUGCGUUGCGGAAAUGUACGCGGAAGCGGUUGAAAAAGCGCUGCGCGUUGAUGUGGAACUGGCGAAGAGGUGCGCAAGAAUGAUGGAUGCGGAAGAAGGGUUUUUUGGCGGGGAUGAGGAGGAGGAGAUGGGAGCGGUGGAUUUGGAGAGGAAGAAAAGGAUUUGGAUGAAGAUUGGUGAGUUUUUUGGGCUCUGAGGGAUUUUCUGGGCUUUCCAGGCUUCUAAAAAAGUUUUCUAGACCUUCUACAAAGUCCAGAAGAAGUUCAGGACUUUUAAAAAAUUCAGAAAAUUUCCCUGGGUCUUCUAAAAGAGGUCGAGAUCUUUAGAAAAAUCUGGAAAACCUAUUGGGCUCUCCAGAAAUGCUCCUAGGCCUUCUAGAAUAUUUUUCAGGCUUUGAAGAAAAUCUGGAAGAGCUUUUGGGCUUUCCAAAAAUGCUCCAAUGCUUUUCAGAAAUUUGAAAAUUGAUCCUGGGCUUUCUAGAUCUUCUGGAUGAUUUUCCAAGAUUCUACAAAAUCCAGAAGAACUUCUAGAUUUACUAAAAGCUUUUCAAGAUUCAGAAACAUCUUCUGGACCUUCUAGAAUAUUUUCCAAGCCUCCUGAAAUUUUAUAAACAUAAUCUGGACCUUCUAGAUAAUCUUCCAGGCUUCUGAAACUUAGAAAAUCUACUAGGAAAUUUUGAAUUCUAAAAAAUUCGUGCUAUUUUUUUCCUUGAAAGAAAAUUUCUCAAAUUUUAGCGCCAUUUGUUUCUACCGGAAAUUUGAAUUUUCAAAACCGCUAAAUUAAAUUUUUUCGAUUUUUUGCAACCCGAAAAUAUAUGUUUCAAGAUUUUCUGAUAGAAAAAUUGAGAUUCGCAGUUUUCAGUUAAAUCUUCUCAUCCAUUUUCAUUAUCACACAGUGGAAUAAAAUAAAAAUUUGAAACUUUACAUAUUUUCGAGAAAAAAAUUGAAUUUGAAUUCUAAAAAUUUCGCGCUAUUCUUUGUACCAACAAAAAUGGGUCUUCAAAAAUUCAGAAAAUCUUCUAGACACAUCAAAAAAAUUACCAGCUCUUGAAACAAUUCAGAUUUUCCAGACUUCAAUAAAAUCCAGAUGAAUUCCCGGGUUUUUUAAGAUUAAGAACGUCUUCUAGAUGUAGUUUUCUAGAUCUUUUAGAAUUUACCCACCCCUUGAAAAUCCUAAAUUUUCCAGCAAAACACACAAUCUCCACUGAAAAAGAUGAUAUUCCAAAAUGCAUCAACCUUAUCAAAGAAUCGAAUGAUAUUCUAACAAUUCAAGACAUUCUUCCACUUUUCCCCGAAUUCACCAAAGUCGAUCAUUUCAAAGAAGCUCUAGUUGAAUACCUUCGAAAACAUUCGAAGAAAAUCGAAAAACUUCAAGAUUCCAUGAAAGAUGCGACUGAAACUGCAGCUGAAAUUCGCGAGAAAACUGAGAAGCUCAAAAAUCGCGUGACGAUUAUCAAACCAGGCGAUAUUUGUGCUCAUUGUGCACGGCCUUUGGUUGGCCGCCCGUUUUUUGUGCAUGCUUGCCGUCAUUUUUUCCACAGGGAUUGUCUGGAACUCGCGAUUGUGCCGUUUUUAUGCGAUGAGCAACGAAAUUUGUUGAAGAAAUUGAGCGCGGAAGAGACGCGGAUUUGCGCGCAAAUCGAAGCGGAAAUCAAAGUGGGCAAUAAGAAUGAGGCGUUGGUCAAAGAGAAGAUUUAUGAGAAGGUGGCGAAAAGUAUCUCGAAGGUUAUUGGAACUGAUUGUCCGUUGUGUGGAAAUUCGGCGAUUUUGUGAGUUUUUGAGGGGGGUUUUGGUGACAAAAACGUGGAUUUUUGAGGCCAAAAAUAAAAGCUUCUGGAAAAUUAGAAGUACUGUCUUAUAGAACUACACAAAUUUUUGUCCGCUCACAUUUUUUUUGCAGAAAAAACUGUGAGUUCUUUGAUUUUCUCGGCAUUUUUUUGAAGCUUAAUAUAAAAAUUUUUAGGGCUGAUUCACGAACGAAAAAAAUGUUAAAAAAUGUUUUUUUAACAUUGAAAGAUCAAUUCACGAAAAGUCAAAAAAUGUCGAAAAAACAUUGUAGGUUGAAAUUAGUUUUUCGAGUUUUUCAGCCAAAAAUGAUGACAAAUCUAUAUUUUUUAAGCUUCUGGAGUAAUUUCUGAUGAAAAUAAACUUCGAGAACCCUUCAUCAAAAUUCAAAAUUUUUUCAUUUUACGAAAAAUCAGCAAAACCUUCUGGAAAGUGAAUUCCAAGAUCAAUUUUCAUCAGAAAUUACUCCAAAAGCUUGAAAAAUAUCGAUUUGUCAUCAUUUUUGGAUGAAAAACUCGAAAAACUAAUGUUGACCUACAAUGUUUUUUCGACAUUUUUUGACUUUUCGUGAAUUGAUCUUUCGAUGUUAAAAAAAACAUUUUAAACAUUUUUUUCUUUCGUGAAUCAGCCCUUUUUCUUUAAUUGAAAUUUAUUUUGACUGUGAAAACAUAUGAAAAUUUGGAAACGUCUUUUUUCGAGGCAAGCAUUUUCAAGAAAUUUGAAAAAAAAAUUCUCUCAGCUCAAAUUCAGUUAUGACGUGGCAAAUUUUCAAACUUGAAAUCCGAUUUUUUUCCAGACAAAUCGACGAACCAUUUUUAUCCGAUGAACAAUUUGCGGAGGAGGAAAAUUCGUGGCUCAUAUGA